ACAGGGUGUGCAUAAUAGACACAGAAAGACUGUGAGGGGGCACGAGACAGACAAAAACUGAGAAAAGGAACAAGGGGGGAGUCUGAAGAAGAAAGACACUGCAGUACAAUAAGAGACACUCCUGGACGAGGGACACAAGCAGCACAGAAAGUGAGGGGGGAGAGGUGAGAGAGUGGGAGAGACAGACAAUAUACAGAGAGAAAGUGAAACAUUGGAUAUUCUGAGACCUGUGCUUCCCAACAUGGCACUUCUGAAUAUCUGUGGUCCUUCUCAGGACUGGCAGUUGCCACUGUAUGGAGGAAAAAUCUCACCCACAAUCAACUUCAAACCAUCGAAGACUGAGCUGGCAGUGCCCCCAGGAUGGCAGCCAGCAGAAUUCCUACAUCGCUUUGAAAAAGGGGUAGAUGGUGUGAAGAUAGAGCCAUGGCAUGGAACCACCACUAUGGCCUUCAAAUUCCAGCAUGGAGUCAUCGUAGCGGUGGAUUCACGAGCAUCAGCUGGAAGUUAUGUUGCAACACUAAAGGUUAAUAAAGUGAUUGAGAUCAAUCCUUACCUACUGGGCACCAUGUCUGGAUGUGCCGCAGACUGCCAGUACUGGGAGCGCCUCUUGGCUAAGGAGUGCAGGUUAUAUCAGCUACGGAAUAACACCCGGAUAUCUGUGUCGGCGGCAUCGAAACUCCUGGGUAACAUGAUGCUCCAGUAUAGGGGACAAGGUUUAUCCAUGGGCAGCAUGAUCUGUGGUUGGGAUAAGAAGGGUCCUGGACUGUACUACGUGGAUGAAAAUGCUACAAGGUUGUCAGGUGACAUCUUCUCCACAGGAUCAGGAAAUUCCUAUGCAUAUGGGGUGAUUGAUAGUGGACAUAGGUAUGACAUGACCUCCGAAGAGGCCUAUGAACUGGCCCGUAGAGCUGUCAGCUAUGCAACUCACCGUGAUGCCUAUUCCGGAGGCGUAAUUAACAUGUAUCACAUGAAGGAAGAUGGGUGGAUUAAGGUUGGGCAGUAUGACGUAAGUGAAUUACUACACAAAUACGCUGAGCAGAAGACCCAGUGACAUUCUGCUGAACUACUUACCACCCGACCCGUGACCCAUUUCCUGUCUGAGAUCCUUCAAGGCAACAUACAGCUCCUCUGGUCCUAGAGAUAAUGUGAUACGUCUAUGACUAUUAGUCUGCAAACUAUAUAUUUUUUUUUUCAGAUUUUAUACCAAAUCAGGGAUUUGGAAAUAAAUAAACAUUAAAUAAA